AUGCCCCCAGCCAUCACCCUCCCCGGCAGCUUCUUCUCCUCAUCUCCCCCUCCCCCUUCCGCCGCCGCCGAUGUGAUCCGCGUCAAGCAGGCCAGAAAGCCCUCAUCCCCACCGCCUCCUGCUCCGGCACGGCAAAUCAAUACUACUCAACACAUCGAUGUUCCCUCCCAACCAUCUGCUAUUUUUCCCGCUCCAGCGCGGAACGUCAAUGCCAUCAAAUCCUCCGAUGCUCGUUUCAUCUCAAUUCUGGCCGAUGGCCAUGUGUUCGACAUCCCUGCCGAUCUCGUAAAGAGGUACUGCUGGGUUCGCGAGCGGACAAUCAAAUCCUACCGCGCUGUCACUGCCGGCACUGCGUCUCCGGGAGAUCUGGCUUUCAUAUUCGGCACCCUGUCUUUAUCUCAUGUUGACAGGGCUCCCGAUCUGGGGAUUGGUAGUGAGAAGGCCGCCCAGCCGAUUCAGAAAACCAGUAACGAGGGAGGAAAGGUCGAACAGUCCCGGAAUGAAACAGCUCUCGAGGAACACCAGCGUGAAGAUCCUGGUGCUAGGGUGUUUCAAGAAGACGGAACACAGGGGCUGCCCUACUCUAAAAGAGCAAUCGAAGUGAUCGAGAUCUCGGAUGAAGAGGAAGAGGACCCCAUCCAACAUCCUCGCCGCCGUAUCAGACAUCUCCCUGCAGAGAACGGGGCAUUGCAAGACGACAUGCACAUAGUCCCAAGGAGCGGAACCCAACUGAUCCCCCAAAUCCCCGCCCUGGCUCGGUGGGACCGGCGCCAAUGGCCUGUACCAAUAUUCGCGGGAGACUUCGCGAGUGUCCAUGAUGCGGAGAUGAGCACGGGCAUGCGUCGGACAUGGGUCAUGGGGAAGUAUGUUGAGGGGGAAAUUUCGUUUGAGGGCCAGUUUGCGCAGAGUGCUGGUGGGGGGUGGGGAUACGUACGUUGUGAGUGCGAAGUGUGGGUGGUGUUUGAAGGGAGGGUUUAUUGUAAUGCGGAGGAAAGGAAUUAG